AUGGUACGCCAUUCGUCAUUAGCCGGGCUACUACUCACCCUCCUGGCAUCGCGCUGCCUGGCAUUUGAAUGGAAAGACUGUGGUGGUGCGGGCCAAGGGUUCUCGCUGGAGGACGUCACCCUGACCCCCGAACCCGUGGCACCCGGAGCGACUGCGGUCUUCAACAUCAAGGCUACCUCAGAGUCGCCCGUGCUCGCCGGCACCAUCAACAUGGUGGUGCAGUAUGCUGGAUUUCCCAUCUGGACCCAGGCUGACGACCUUUGCACCAAGAUGACAUGCCCCUCCUCUGAAGGCCCCGUCUCCGUCAGCUUCCAGCAACAGUUUCCUGUCAUCACCCCCCCGGGCCAGUACACUGUGACUCUGCGCGGAGCCGAUGCUGCCGCCAAGCCCCUCUUCUGUGUUGCGGUCACCUUCCAGGUCACCCCUGCCUAUGACGGCGCACUGGAUGGCCUGGAGGAGGCUAAACAGUCCAUGCUCGCAGAAUUUAGCCGCAGGAAGCUGCUGACCACCUGA